UAGUUGAUCCUGAUAAGCACAGUUGUAAAGAUGAUGGCUUUCUUCUUUUGUGAGGGGGUAUGAUGCCACAGUAUGGAAACGCAGAGGAGGGAUCAAAACAAAACAAUGGUCACUAAUUUGAAUGUCGGAGGAUUUCUAUAUGAGCCAAUAGGAGACUUGUUUUGCCUUGCUAAAGUAAGGACACUUUGCUUGCUUUGCUCCUGUUAACAAACGUUGGAUUUCGCCAGACUCACCGACGCAUGCACAACGCUGAUCUCAUGUCAGAACUGCUUCUGUGUACAACUAUUGGCGCAAGCUACAGUAAGCAGUAUGAAGACUCCGGUGAGCGUCCUGCGACUGCCCCGAGGACCGGACCCGAACAGCCGAGGAUUCGACCCGAGCUCUCCCCGCUUCCUCGCUCUCUGCCCCACAAGCGUCCCCUCUUCCUCCUCCUCCUCCUCAGAUGAAGAGGAGCAGCGGUUGCGAGCGGAGCUGCGCGAGAGGUUUCUGCGGACUCUUUUACUGAUGACAGGCAAGCGAGUCCGGUUCGACAUGCACGAGCACGUGCGCGUGCACGCGAGGUUCGGCGCCUCGGACAUCGACGUGCUGAACCUGCAAGUGUCUGAUCUGGAGACUCCUCUCGGGGUUCAGAGAGAGGCGCUUCUGAGGUGUCAGGAUGUGAUCGCGUGCUCCUUCGAAGUGUGAGGGCGGUCUUCGCCGCGAGAGGGCGCCAGGGGACCGUCGCGUUCACUGAUGGUCAUGCUGCUGUUUGGAAUAAACCUUUGCUAUAUUGAGAACUGCGUUCUUAAUUUUAUUAAAUUUUCUUUUUCUAAUCAACAGUUAAAAAUAAAGGUUCUAAAAUUG